GCAGGGUUUCGCUGCCCGCCGUCAAGAGUGGGCGCUGUGCCUCCGCACGGAUGUCCCCACCCGGGGACACAACACGAACAACAUCGUGGAGUCCGCCUUCAGAGUCCUCAAAGACUCCGUCCUCUACAGGACUCGGGCGUUCAACCUGCUGCAGCUGUUUGAUUCCGCCACGGUCCAGCUCAGCAAGCACUACGCCAGGAGGGCGUGCGACGUGACCAACGGCCGGCAGCGGGCGGCACUGCGCCGGUCCGCGGCGGCACCAGCCAAGAAACGGGCACUGUGACGCAGGUGACGGAGUUCACCUAUCAGGUGAAGUCGCUGACGUCGGUCGGCAUCACCUACCUGGUGGACCUGAACGUCGGCGCCUGCACCUGCAGGAUGAACCGGCGGACUGGCGGCUGCAAACACCUCCGAGCCGUGCGGCAGCAGACUGGCGCUGUGCCGGAGGCGACGGCGACAAAGGAGACGCGGAGGGCCUUGAUGGACAUCGCCAUGGGGACCAGCCAGCAGCUGCCAGGCAACUGGUUCGACCCUCUGGUCGCCGAGCCGUCCACCUCGUCACCUCCUGGCCCCACGCCCGCCAGCGCCCCCGGAGUCGCGCAGCCCCAGCCGUCGCCUGGUCCCGAGGAGUACGACGACGACGCAAUGGACUUCGAGGACCCCGCCGCUGCGGCGGCGGCUGUCAGUGGAGCUGAGCAGCGACGCUCAGAUGACCGGACACGCCAAACCGUGGCGUUCAUCCAGGAGUGGGCAGCCUUCAUGUGCGAGGCAGUCGUCCAGGACGACACCUGGGAGAGGGCUGCCGCUGCCUUCCAGCAGAGGUGGGGCCAGCUGCCCACUGCUGGCCGCCAGUCCGCUCUGCACCAGUUUGGGGGUGCGCAGGGCUGCCGGCGGAACGCCACCCAGAUUCCGGUCCAGCCGACCAGCACUGCCCGUCGCACCAGCACCAACGUGCGGGGUCGCGCUCGCUGGCCCGCUGGACGGCCGUGCCGCUCCGCGCGCACCGGGGAGCACGGCUACGUGGCAGCCUCCGCCAGGCGGUCGGCGGCGCCCCACAGCCUGGCCACCUGUGUUGACCAGAACCGCCCCCUGGGGCGCUGAGUGGUAGAGGUGAAGUGGGGGUGACCGGGGCA